CCCACCUCGCCUUUCUUUUCUAAAACCCAUUUUCCCUCUACUUUUUUCUCUUCUCGCCUUGUUCAAGACUACCACUGGCGAAAAGCUCUGGUUUUGGUAUUAUCUCUCACCUCCCUUUUUGUUUUUCCCACACACUUGUUAUUCGCUGUUAUUCGCAUAGUCAUUUGGCCACCUCCUUUGCAAUUCACGUUUUUAUUAGUCAGGGUUCUGCGCAUAGAGCCCGCUCGUUAUUGGCACAGCUGCAUUCUAGUUGCGGACAGACACACAGCGGUUAAAUGAUUGCGCCCGAAGGAAUUCGCGACGGCCGGUACUUUGCCCAGGCGCUGUACACGUUUGCAGGCGAGGGCGUCGAGGACCUGCCGUUCAAGAAAGGCGAUGUUAUCGAGGUGCUCGAUUGUGCGGACGCGAACUGGUGGCGUGGACGGAUUCUAAACACCGACGAGGACGGCCUGUUCCCGGCAUGCCUGGUCAAGUUUGCGGAUGAGGCAACUACGCAAGAGGCGAUAAAGACGGCAGAGCGGCUGGCGCGACUGCGGGAUGUGCUGACUCCGGCACAUAUGCGGGACGCAGGCAGCAGCGGUGCGGGGUCACAUAAUGAGCCCAACGGCAACACGGACAGUGCAGGGUCACUGGAAUCUCUUCUCUUGAACCUCGCAGACAACGAGCAGCAAGUCCAGCAGCAAAGGAUCCAAUCGCAGAUGCCUCGCCAGCCAACACGCAUGAAGCUGCUGUACGAGGACCACACACAGCCUGGCCAGGCCCCACGCAGUGCUAGCCCCAUGACCCAGUACCAGAAUGCAGCGCCGUCGCCGCAGAAACAGCAGCAGCCGCAGUACCUGAAUGGCCCAGCACCACAGCAGUAUUACCAGCAACAUCAGUUCCCUAUGGCACAGACCGGGCUGUGGCAGGUAUCGCGCACCAACUCUCAAAUGUCGACGAUACAGAGCGGGACUGAGUUCAACGUAUCGUUUGAAAGCAUGCGUGAGGCAACUGUGCGCGCUGAGGAGGCGGCUGCUACCAAUCGGCCGUCGAGCAGCCUGCUGCAUGGGCCGCGGGCAAUGCCUAGAGCCGAGUCGCUGCGGGCACGGGCAGACUCAUCGCUCAGAUCCGACGACGGCGCGUAUCGCGCAGCAUACGGUGUUCCUGCGCCACAGGAUGGGUACAGCCAGCCGGUGCAGGCGUCGUAUGCAUCAAUGUAUUCGCAUGGCGGGAUGGCGAGCUCUAUUGACACGUCGUCGGUGUCUAUGGCAUCGCUGACGACAAACACAGUGGAUCCCAAUAGCCUGGACCUGCGUGGCGAGUCGCGGGUUGACAAGAUUCCGUCACCAGCAGAGGAUGCACCGCGUUCCAAGCGACACGAGGCCGAGUAUCUGUUUGAGGACUCUGAUGAGGAGCGCCCCCAAGCAAUGCUGUCGCCGGCCUCGGAAGGCUCAAACAGAUUCUCAUCGUAUGUAUCCACAUCGUCCAGCGAGUCGACUGAGUCGACGCGGUCCAAACGACUACCAAUGAUCCCCGCAUCAAAGAACAGCUCGGUUGUCAGUGAUGUAUCAGUGGGCGUCAAGGGGUCUGAAGAGAACGGAAUGCUGCACCGGAGCUGGUUCAGCAGCACUGACAGCAUCAAUCUGGUUGGGGGAGGAGGACUGCGGGCCACGGCUGAACACAACGACAGCGAGUCGCAUAAGCCGAAGGCAACAAAGAAUAAGGCUCGAAUCCGCCCGAAUGCUGGCAGCGUGCGUAUAGUCCAGACCCCUGUGGAGAAGCCUAAAGCAGCGCACGAGGCACUAUAUAAUGGCAACUAUGACACGCGCUAUGAUCUUGCCUCUGAUUUCCAGCGCCAGAUGAAUUUCUCUAUUGAUACUCCUACCCUCAGCGACACAAACGACCUGCACCGCAGCCAGAGCACUAUCCAGACCAUUGCGUACUCACAGGGUACCGUUACAUCAAUCCAGCCACCACAGCAACCGCAGCAGCAACCGCAGCAAUCAGGUCUGCCAGUUCCUCCACAGCCUGUCUCGCAGGUGCAGCAGCCACAAACGAUGCGCCCGCAGUCGCAGGUCUCGCAGUUCCCACAGCAGAUACCGGUGCUCCAAUCUCCGAUAGUGUACAUGUAUCAGCUGCCAGAUGGCACAAUGAUGGGGAUGGACCAGCAUGGCAACCAAAUACCGCUGGUGCCCACGGUGGAUCAUGAGGGACGGCCAUUCUCAUCGUUCCAGAUGCAGCCCCCUCUGAUGCAGUACCCAGCGCAGCAGCCGAUGACACAGUAUGUGGAUCCAGUUACAGGCAUGCCAAUCAGCAACUAUCAGACCGUGCCAUCGCAACCGGUCAGCGCAGCAGGGUUCUACAACCAGCAGCAGAUGCAGCGCCCGACGAGUAGCGUGACGCCUGUGUCUAUGGAACCUGCAUUCAUGCAACAGCAGCAACCUCCACAGUAUCAACAGCAGCAGCAGCAAUCACAGCAGCAAUCACAGCAGCAAGGUACGGCGACACCUGAGGCUAGCACGCAGCUUGCUGGUUUAGAUACAUAUGGCCGCCCACGCAGCCACACAGCUGGCCCGCAACUGACAACAGCGCCUGCAGCUGCCAGCCCGCAAGGCACAAUGAUGCCUGGCGCCGCACAGGGCAUAGUUCAGGAUAGACUACAGCAGCAAACACCUACUUUGCAACAGCGACCAAGUCGUGCAGCAUCAAUAGCUACAUCCACAAUGCCGGAGUUGGCUCAGAGCGCUCCUUCCAGCCAAGCAACUACCACACCAGCUGCGGAUCAAAUGCGCCCAGCAUCUUUUGGAAGCAGUCCCGCGCGUGGGUCAACGCUGAUGCCAUCGAGGUCGUCAGUGCAGAUGCGCACGCCGACGGCUACUCCCGGCCAGAGCGACACAGUGAAAUCCGAUAACACCCAGCGACCGCGCGGCCCGCCCACCCCUACCGGCAUGCAGGGCACAUUCUCAUCGGCACCGUCUGGUACGUUUGCACGACGCGACGGCGCAAUGUCGCCGUUCCCUGCCAACAUUGGGCCGUCACAGUCGCCAACAUACAUGAAUGACCCAAUGUACAGACCCCAUUCCCGCACGCACUCGUCAGCUAGUGCCGGUAUUCCUGAUGGGUUUGUGACACAGCUAGACGAACGCGUAACUGGGUCGCUGCCUGCCAACGUGACCCCGAUCAACUUUGUCAAGAUGGCCAAGCCCGUGUUCAAGUUUGGUGGCACCGUGUCGCAUCCGCAGAUGACUAACUGGUCCAAGGUGGACCGCCAGGUAGCAAUGAUUAAAACCGGCUCCAGCAAGGUCAGUGCCGAGGCACUGGCCACGCAGCAUGUGGGGCGACCGUUUAACACGCCGAUUGAGCGGGUGCGCGCCGUCUUCAUGUGGAUCGCGACUAACGUGCAGUAUGACACCAGUCCACCGCCUGAAAACUCGGACGAGUACGAGCAGCAAGAGCUGCCCAGCAUUGUGGUGCAGCGCAAGCGGUCGCGUGGUGCCGGGUAUGCGUACCUGUUCAAGGCCAUGAUGGACGCUCUGGGCAUUGAGUGCCAGACCAUCAGUGGAUACAUGCGACAGCCACUUGACAGUUACCGUGGAGCUGUACUGCCGGUUCCGAAUCAUGUAUGGAACUCGGUAUGUCUUGACGGCGAGUACAGGCUGGUGGACACAGCAUGUGCAGCGCGCUCGCAUAUCAUGAAUCUGACCACAAAAACUGACACGUGGUUUUUCUUGGCAACGCCCAAGGAGCUCAUCUACACACACUAUCCGUCCCAGCCUGAGCUGCAGUACCUGGACCCUGUGGUGCCGCUGCCGAUUUUCUGGAUGCUGCCGUAUGUGCGGCCGGCGUUUUUCCAGAGCAAAGUGAAGCUACUGAACCUGCCGCAUGUCCCGCGAAUCGAGCUGAAGGACGAGGAAGUUCGGCCACUGGUGCUAUGUCUGCGCGACUCGACGUUGUCUGUGUUUGCCGAGGUCGAGUUGCAUGACAGCAAUGGUAGCGGGCGCAUUGUCGCCCGACAACCACUGCUGGCACAGUGCGUUGACUACCGCGGCCAGCGCAUGGUCAAGAUCCUGGUGGGUGUACGCAGCCAAGACGUGCGCGGCCUAGUGAAGGUGUACUGUGGCACGCGUCUGGCAUUGCAGCCGAAGCGUGCGUCCGACGGGCCGAUGCCUGCGUCGCCAAGAACGGCACAGAAGCUGCUGGGAUUCCUGCAUAACAAGGAAAAGCGGUCGGCUACAGGCGCUGACUAUUCGCGCAUCAAGGAUGUCGAUGAAGAAGGCAGCAUCAAGACCAUUGCCACGUCAAAGACAUAUCCGCUUGCGUGUAUGUUCCCGGUGGUGCAUACGGGACGGCCAUGUGUAGCGCCGUUCGUGCAGCCAAAUGCAGCGACUCCCAACGAGUUUUACAUCAAGGAGCCGGCCGAGGGCGAGUUCCGGCUGGGCGAGUCUGUGUACUUCCAUUUGGUGCCUGUCGGCGACGACCGCCUGUUCCACCUGCAGCUGCGCAGCCCCAGCGGUCAGCAGCAAAAGUUUGUGUAUCAGCCAAAGGACCAGGGGUACAUCCUGCGGCACACGGUCAAGGAGCGCGGGGCAUGGAUAAUCAUGUACCAUACUGACACCGAUGGGUGGUUACCGAUCGCUUCGUAUAGCUGCCUGUGAUAUACCAGCCCCUUCACCCUCUUUCUUCUCCAUGCAUCAUUUACAAUAUAUUCACAGCAAGUUGCGAGUUCAACUACACUGGCUUGGCG